GAUACAAUGAAUCUCUUAAAGCCGAUUGAACGCGCAACUUAUCUUCUUUCAGCUUCAAAUUAUGCAACACAUGGUAAUAUACGAUCAGUUUUUUUGGGUAUUCAAGAAUAUUUGAUUCAAUAUAAAAAUGAUGAUAAAUUUUCACAAUGUAUAAUGGCAAAUGCAAUUUAUCAAAAAUCAGAGGAUUAUUUACCAAUUUUAGAUGAAUCAUCACAAAUAUCUUCAUUGUUAGAUCCAAGAGCAAAGCUAUAUGCAUUUAAAAGUGAAAAUGAAAUUAACAAAGCAAAAGACUUAAUAUUAAAGUUAAAUGGAUAUCUCUUAACAUCUACUUCAACCAUAGCUUCUAUAUCAGAUGAUAUUACAA